AGCAAUCAACAACCUCUUUAAUGAUGUUCCACAGUGGCUGCACAUCUGAUGGUUCCUUAAACAACUCAAAAUUCAAUGAUCCUAUGCCAUGGAUAGGCAUCUAUGUAGCAGCAGCAUCAUUGAUCUGUGGCAUAGCCAUGACCAUAGAUGCACUCCAUGCUUUCAGAUACAAAAAGUUUUGGUUCCCUUGCAAAUUCUUCAGCCUCAAUGCCACAACUCUAACUGUCAUAGCAGUUGCAAUCAAGUUUUCCGUCGAUCUGAACGCCGCCAUGCCCCGCCGCCAAGACCAGCUGGCAAAAGUCAGCAGCUCAGCCUUCAUAUGCAUGGUUAUGGGGAACUUGUUGCCUUCUUUAGGUACAAUGGAAGAUACUGAACUUAUGAUGAAUAUUAUUGCUUUGGGUAUUCUUGUUGUCACUGCAAUUGUUAAUAUUUGUAUUCAGAUGGGUACUGGUGUCAUCUUUGAGUUUUGGAUUGAACAUGUUUUGAUUAUGGUUUUGAUGGUUGUUUUGUUGGGAAUCUUGUGUUGUUUGUCUUUGGCUAUUCCUACCAAGAAGUAUUUUUUGGAUAUGACAUAUGAGAAGAAGUUGAGAAAAGCAAAUUUAGUGUGUUUUACUAGAAGGAAUGUGUCGGCUGCUGAUAGGUUACAGCAGGAUUUAGGGAAGUAUUGGAUGAUGGCGUAUACGUCGAGCCCGCAGUUUGUGAUCGGGCGGUCUGAUCCCGGUUCGGCUUCAGGGGCUUUUUGUCUUGUAAACUUGUUGAUCUUGGCCGAAUCUAUAGUCAGGACCCGGGUUACGCCUUGGUCUUUCAGGUUUUGCUCAGGUGAUUCGGAUUAUAAAUGGUCAACCACUAUGGUUCUCUUGUGCCAAACGGCUGCAGUGGUGGUGGGGACGGUUUCACCGGCUUCUAGAUGGUUUAUGACUAUAAAUUUCAGGUGUCCAACCAAGGCCUCGCGGGCCAGCGGGCGAGAGUUUGCUGUUGAAAGGCAUUGGAUCAAACGGAUGCGUUUCUGGCAGGUGCAGCCUUUAUAUUUAAGAAUCUCUAACCGGCGGGGGAGAAGAUUAAUUCAGUGUGCAAAGUUUCGUGUUUUUAGUUGGUUGAUUGGGAUGCAAAAAGGAUUAGUAUUUUCUUGUAAGUUGAUCAGAUAUGUUUCGAUUUUGUUUGUGAGCGGGUUCUUGAGGUUGAGAAGGUUUUUAAUAGGCGAUAAUGGCGUGGAUAGUGAUGCAGCAAAUAGGAAUGGGGACGUGAAUAUGGAUCUGAGCCGUUAUGUGAUUUAUCUUGAGGGGGAAGAAGUGUUGGUGGAUUUAAUGAUGGAAAACAAUUGUGAUGCUACAGCUCACUGGAUAAAAAUUGGGGAGAAACGGCAGCCGAGAAAUCUGAUACAUCUUUUAGAGCAGUCGAAUUGUUUUAGUUCCUUCAAUGGAGUACAUGAUUUUGAUAGUGAUAAAGUACCAUCUUUAUGUUCUGGAGAACCACCAAACUGUUGGGCUCUGCCUAUUGUGACGUUAACAAGCAUAGCGGUUGCAAUUCCGAAUAUAGACAAACAGUUAAAAGAGCAACUGAUACGCAGUGUGGACGAAGGUCUCAAGUAUGUAAAAGAGAUAGAAAACUACUUGGAGAAAGUGAAAGAAUUAAAACAUGUGAUGAAAGCAGCGGAAGUAGUUUGGUCAGGCGUCGAACUUUGUAACAAAUGGUUAGAUGUUGAUCUUUCAAAGCUAGCACAUGAUCAAAAACACAAGACAGGAACUGGAAUCAUCAAAUUGCUUGCUGAAAUCUCAAAGGAAAAGUUCAUGGAAUUUGCGAACGAGGAUACGUAUUUGAACGAAUGCUUAAUGGAAUCGCCAUCGCGAUGGCCCAUGUGGGUAUUGGCAGCAAACUCUAUGUACAGAAUAUGCGAAACACUGUUGUUAAGAAACCAGAAUGAAACCAGUGAGAGGCUAUUUGAGAAGAUAUCUCACAUGAUUUGUGACAUAUUAUUAGCAGCUUUGAGUAACCUACAGCAUGUUAUUUCAAAAAAAUGUCAUGAAAGUAGGAUUGAGGAGCGGGAGAAGAGUAUCCGGAGCGCGAUUCUCCUUUUUGGGAAAACCAAAAAGAUUUUAGAAGUUAUUGACAAGAAAAGACCUCAACAUUCGGAUCAUGGGAAACUGAUACAUAUCGACGAGUGGCAUCUAGUUAGCAAGAAGAUGGAUCCAUUCAGCUCUAUGUCUUCUUCGACAGACGAGGAAACAGCUGUGUCUAGUCCUUCUGAUUUGUGUUUAUCAGUUGAGUAAUAUUGUGACAUUUUUGGUUGUAAUGUUAGCCAUCAAGAAGCCAUGUAUAUAUAGCUUUAUAUACCGACAUUUGA